UACCCUUUAAAGUAUAAACCUUUUCUUUCCACUUCACAAUUUUCUUCUACCCCAUCAAUUUAUAAAUUCCAACCUUAUUAUGCUAUAUUGAUCAGUCAAACUACAAAAUACCCAAACUAAGUUCCUCUGUUAUACCAGUAUUUCCCUAAAAAAAACCCACCAAAAACAACCCAUGAAUCAAUAUGUGUUUAAUCCAGACCCUUCAUGUCAAAAUUUUCUGAUUGAUCAUGAAAAUGGCAUUCAACAUCAAUCUUACACUCACAAUGAUCAAUUUGGUGUAUUUUCAUCUCAAAUUCAACCCUUUGAUGAAUGCCAAACUAUGCCAUACAAUUUUAGGAGUUUACCAUUACUUGAUCCAUUGGAUCCUGCAGAAGUUCCUGAUAUUCCUGAUACAUGCUUUAAUUACAUAACUGAUCUUUUAAGGGAAGAAUAUCAUUCUUCUGAUGAUACAUCUAAUCUUACUCUGCAAGAUUAUAUGACUGCCCAAAUGUCUUACAAUAAAUCCUUAGAUGCUGCCCUUAUUCUUGGUGAGAACUUUUCAUGUUCAUUUUCAGGUCAUAAUCAUCAAUAUAACCCACCUAUUUCUGAUGUUCUUUGUCAAUCUUCUAGGCAUUGUUUGGAUGAUUAUCUCAAUAUGUUUUCUACAAAUAACAGUAAUAAUAUGAUCCCAUAUCCUUAUUAUGCUUCUGCCCCAAGUGUUAUACCAAAUAAUUUUGUAGGAAAUACUUGUACUAGUAAUGUUGGAAAUGAAUUUGGAUUGAAUUUAGUAGAAAAUUUACCUUUGGUUGAAGCAUCAAACGGGGCCGGUCUUGAACCGGCUCCAGUUAAUGUGAUUCCUCGAGGAGGGGAGGAGUGUAACCACCUUGAAGAAUCUACAUUCGGUUUCAUCAUGAAUGAUGAUAUUCAACUAGGAAAUAUUGAUUUGUAUGCUGAUGCUGACCUUUUACAAGACUUGCAAAACCCAAUUGCUUGUAGUUUAGCCAAUAUUGGGGAUUCUCAGGACCCAAUUGCACCGAUUUGUGGGACUAGUGAGAGUGUUACGGAUAAUUCGAGGAGACGAAAGCAUGAUGAAGGGAAAGGGGAUAACCCAGAGGGUAAUGAAGGAAGGAACAAGCAAACAGCAAUUGGUAAUACUGAAGUAAAUGAGCAGAUUGAGCAGUAUGGGGAUGUGAUACUGUGUCCUGAAGGAAGAAGUAAGCCGGGCGCGCUUUGUAAUAACAAAUACAAAGCACAGAAUACAGAUGAUGUUGCUACCAAAAAAGGGUCUAAAAAGCGCAGCAAAGCGCAAGUGGUUGAUUUAAGAGGACUGCUGACGCGGUGUGCGCAAUGUGUGGCACAGGUUAACUUAACAAGUGCAUAUGAGGUGCUUAAGCAGAUCCGACAGCAUUCAUCACCCCAUGGAGAUUUCCUCCAACGGGUGGCACAUUAUCUAGCGAAUGGGCUUGAAGCGCGAUUAGAAGGAAAAGGGUUAGAAUUAACUCAUGCUAAUGAGGAACUUUCUCCUUCUGAAGUGCUCAAAGCUAAUAGGAUUUAUGUUGCAUCAGUUCCUUUUAUGAUAAUGUCUUAUUACACAAUGAACAAGACUAUUGCAGGUUUAGUUUCGGAUGCACCAAGUAUUCACAUCAUUGAUUUUGGAAUAUAUUAUGGGCUUCAAUGGCCUUGCAUCAUUCAAAACCUGUCGAAAAGGCCUGGUGGACCUCCAAGGAUCCGAAUCACAGGGAUCGAUUUCCCCCAACGAGGGUUUCGACCAUCUGAGAGGAUCGAGGAGACAGGGAGGUGUUUGGGCAAGUAUUGUGAAAAGUACAAUGUUCCUUUUGAAUAUUAUGCCAUUGCUAAGAAAUGGGAGGAUGUUGAACGCGAAGAGCUUAAAAUCGAGAGAAAUGAGCCUCUUGUGGUAAAUUGUCUAUAUAGGGCACACCAACUUUUUGAUGAAAGUGUGGAGGAAAAUAGCCCAAGAGAUGCAUUUCUUAAGUUGGUUAGAAAAAUCAAUCCCGAUCUGUUUAUGCACGCGGUUGUGAAUAGCACAUCGAGUGUUCCUUUCUUCUUGAAUCGGUUCAAGGAGGCCAUGUUUCAUUACUCGGCCUUGUUUGAUAUAUUCGAGUCUACGAUGCUAAGGGAAGACAAUGAGAGAAUGCUAUUAGAGAGCAAGUUAUAUGGGCCACAAGCCUUAAAUGUAAUAGCUUGUGAAGGUAUAGAGCGGGUUGAGAGACCAGAAGGUUAUAAGCAAUGGCAAGUUAGGACUCAAAGGGCAGGGUUCGAGCAAGUGGGUUUGGACCGGGAUCUGUUGAGGAGAGCUAGGGCUAUGGUUAAGAGGAGUUUUAGAGAAGAGUUUAGUUAUGAUGAAGAUGGUCAUUGGGUUGUUCAAGGAUGGAAAGGAAGGAUCUUGUAUGCUAUUUCUGGCUGGAAACCAUCUUAAGAUUUUUUUUUUUUUUUUCUUGUUCAACUUUAGUAAUAAUAAUAACCCAAUACUGAGUAUUGACUUGUAUUUAUUUCAACUUAAUGUAUUGAUCUUCCAUUGUUAGUAUGAUUUUUGAUAAUGAUUGAACAAUCUUCUGUUCA